GCAGUCUCGGUCUCUCACAUUAUUUAUGUAAAUUUAAGUCCUAAAAUUCCUUUGGAUUCCCAAACAAAUUUAACAUAGGUAGAAGGAGAAAGGCCAAACCUGCAAUUUAGCAUCUAUUAGUUAUGCCAGUUGAAAUUUUAGAGGGUAAAUUUGUGAAUUUUUAAACUGAGGAAAUCUAUGUCCAGUAGAAGUUAAAUCCAACCUAUGCUUACAGAUCUGGAUAUCCAAUUAUGUAGUGGAGGGUGUCUGUUUGUAGUACUGUGGUUGUUACUUCUGAUUUUAUGGGGGAUUCACAGGCUUGUAGCCUUUUGUGUCCUCUUAUACAGGUUGCUCAUCUGAGGCAGCGUUUUUUCCAUUCUAUUGCUCCAGGAGGGCUUGCUGGGGAUAGAAGAGGUGUUGUCCUUAGCUCAGGGUUUUCUUUAAGUGGUCAGCAGUUAUGGAAAGUUAUAAAAGAAAAUAGGGACCUAGACCUUUCUGCUCACAAGGUCAUGGUUGCCACUGUCCGGUGUGAAGAGAUUGCCAGUGAUAAGCUAAGACGCUUGAGCUCUGAUGAGCGUUGGUUGGCAUUGGAGGAUGCCGUUCAAUCUGGUCCAGUACCUGGUUUUGGGAAUAAGCUUCGUUCAAUCUUAGAUACCUAUCUUUUUGAAUAUGAUAUGGAGGCUUUCUGCUUUGAUGAACUUGUGAGAAAGGCAAAGAGACAACAGUUAGAGUCAAAAGCAUUGCAGGAUUGUAUUAGAAUACAAAUUGUGGAAGAUGCUGAUAAGCUUGUCUCAUGCUUAGUAAAUAAGCUAGCCGAGAUAUUUGACUCAAGUCUCACAAGAGCCUCUUCAAGGUAUUGUGAACAUGUUCUCAAUGUAGUACUGCAGGAUGAUUAUGAUCAGUGCUCUGAAGUGGGUGGAUGAGGUGAUUCCUGAUGCACCCUAUGCUAUAACUGAAGAAUUCAUGAAGAAGCUAUUUGAUGAGUACAACAUAGAUUAUAUAAUUCACGGGGACGACCCAUGUCUUCUGCCUGAUGGCACUGAUGCUUAUGCCCUUGCUAAGAAGGCUUGCCGAUAUAAGCAGAUCAAGUGCAUCGAUGGUGUUUCAAGCACUGACAUCGUUGCUGUUAUAGCAAACUGAGAAGAUCAUUUGCAUUUUCGUCAUUUGGUGGACGUAAGUUGUUUGGUGAUGUUGCUAACAGGUUGUAUGCUUCUCUGUGUGAGGGAGAGGCCCUCUAGUGAAAGCCAGAAUCAUUCAUUGCUGCAAAGACAAUUCAGUCAUGGUCACAGCCAAAAAUCUGAAGAUGGUGGGUCUGGGAUUGGAACAUGUAUUUCUCAU